CUCGUGUCCCUCUGAAGUAGCGAAUUGCUACGGGGCUGUGUGGAGACAAUCUUGGACUUCGAAGAAAUAUGCUUAGACACUGCGUCAGGCGUACCAGUCCUCUCUCGCGGCGGUGGACUCGCGCACUCUUCCAGUCUGCGGCGGACAAGCCCUCGUACAUCACUACUCCCAUCUUCUAUCCCAAUGCCGUUCCCCACAUCGGUCACCUUUACUCCCUCGUCAUUGCGGACAUCUUCGCGCGCUAUAGUCGCCUCAGGCACCCUGAAAAGCCAACAUACUUCCUGGCGGGCACCGAUGAACAUGGCAUCAAGAUACAACGCGCAGCGGAGGCCCGAGGCGAGGAGCCCCUCGCCUUCUGUGAUACUCUGAGCGCCCAGUUCCGCAGAUUGUCGCAGGCGGCAGAUAUCAGUUACACGGUCUUCAUGCGCACGACUUCUGAGCAGCAUCAUCGGGCAGUGGUGGACGUAUGGAAACGUCUUGACGAGAAGGGCCUCAUCUACAAGGCCGCAUACGCCGGCUGGUACUCCGUCUCCGACGAAUGCUUCUACACCGACGCGCAAGUUGAGAGCGUGCCCGACCCUAAGGACCCCACGAAGACCAUUAUGAUCUCCACCGAGACGAAGAACGCCGUCGAGUGGUCCAGCGAGGAGAACUACAUGUUCCGACUAUCCGCGUUCCAGGACGCGUUGUUGAAGCACUACAAGAACAGCGCGGACGCGAACGGGACUCGCCCUUUACCGACCCGCAUCUACCCUCCUCAGGCUCAUGCGCAGAUUGUCGACAUCCUCGAGAACGCGCCGCUAGCAGACCUGAGCAUUUCGAGACCACGGUCGCGCUUGUCGUGGGGCGUGCCGGUGCCAGGGGACCCAGAACACUCAAUCUACGUGUGGUUUGACGCGUUGCUGGUCUACCUCAGUGGAGUGGGGUACCCCUUCAAGCAGGACGCGGCGGGGGUGUUCGAUCAGGGAGCUAUUGCGCGCAGCGGCUGGCCGCCCAAUUUGCAGGUCAUAGGGAAGGACAUCUUGAGGUUCCACGCCCUCUACCUCCCAGCGGUCCUCGUCGCCCUAAACUUCCCAUUACCAGGACGGUUACUGUCUCACGGCCACUGGACAGUAGAAGGGCGCAAGAUGUCCAAGUCCUUGGGCAACGUUGCAGACCCUUUCGACGCAAUGGAGCGUCAUGGCGUUGACUGCGUGAGGUACUAUCUAGCGAGAGUGGGAGGCAAGUUCCGAGAUGAUGUCGAUUGGUCUGAAGUCCAGCUCGUCAAGCACACCAAGGAGCUCCAAUCCCUUCUUGGCAAUUUCUACCUUCGUUCGACCUCCAAGAAGGUCAUGGAGCGCGUUGGGGCGCACGAGCCGAGGCAGAGCUUGGAACAAGUACUCUCUGCGCUUGCUACCGACGAUCCUCUGCGCGAGCUUCACACCAUCGCGAAGGCACUGCCUGAACAGGUCGAGGAACGGCUGCUCGAUAUGGAUGUCGCGGGUGCAAUUACGCACAUCACGGAGGCGUUGAAGCUGCUCAACAAGAUCUUCGGCGACGUUGCACCUUUCCAGAAGACGACAUCGCCAGAAGCGGCCUACAAUCUACACGUGGUUUCCGUCGACCUCCUGCGCGUAGUGGGCGUCUGCUUACAGCCCUUCGCGCCGAAGGCGGCGGGUGUUCUGCUUGAUGCGCUGCGGGUGCCGGAGGGGAAGAGGAGUUGGCAGGAUGCGCAAGGAAGCGAUGCGGUGGAUGCUUUGGCGGUCGAGCGCGGAGUGAGGAUUUUCCCUCCUGCUCAGUAGAUUCAGUAGACGUAUACCUUUAUCACCGCCACUCAAUCAUGACACCCUUGAUGACCAC